GACGCCUACAAACCCGGAAGACUCGCGUGUCAGGGAUGGGGAAGAUCUUUCGGCAUUUCAGCUAAUUAAACUUUAGCAAAAUUUGCAAAACUUCGACACCUGUCAGUUAGUUCUUGUCGUCCAACACCUUUGACGAGGAUGGCUGCGUCCGCGAUCUUCAUCCUGGACCUGAAAGGCAAGGUGCUUAUAUGUCGGAACUACAUGGGCAACAUUGACAUGAGCGUGAUUGACAACUUCAUGCCCAUAAUGAUGAAGAGAGAGGAAGAAGCAGAGUUGUCGCCAGUUGUUAUUCACGGCCCGACGCAUUUCCUCUGGAUCAAGCACAGCAACCUGUACUUGGUUGCGAUGACAAAGAAAAACACCAAUGCUGCUCUUGUAUACUCCUUCCUGUACAAAUUAGUGGAGGUUUUCACUGAAUAUUUCAAGUCACUGGAAGAAGAGAGCAUUAGAGACAAUUUCGUGACAGUAUAUGAGCUAAUGGAUGAAGUCAUGGACUUUGGAUUCCCUCAAACCACUGACAGCAAGAUCUUGCUAGAGUAUAUCACCCAGCAGGGGCACAAGCUGGAGGUGGGCGCACCACGACCCCCUGCUACAGUGACCAAUGCUGUGUCCUGGAGGUCAGAGGGCAUCAAGUACAGGAAAAAUGAAGUCUUUAUGGAUGUCAUUGAGUCUGUCAAUCUUUUGGUCAGUGCUACGGGCAGCGUUCUGCGGAGUGAGAUUUUGGGAUGCAUCAAACUCAAAGUCGUUCUGUCAGGCAUGCCUGAGUUGAGGCUUGGACUCAAUGAUAAAGUGCUCUUCGAAAUCACCGGACGAGAGAAGACCAAGUCUGUGGAGCUGGAAGAUGUGAAGUUUCAUCAGUGUGUGCGUCUGUCUCGCUUCGAAAAUGACCGGACCAUCUCUUUCAUCCCACCUGAUGGAGAAUCUGAGCUCAUGUCUUAUCGGCUCAACACCACGGUGAAGCCUCUAAUAUGGAUUGAGAGUGUAAUAGAGAAGUUCUCUCACAGUCGAGUAGAGAUCAAGGUUAAGGCCCGCAGUCAGUUCAAGAGCCGCUCCACUGCCAAUAAUGUGUCCAUCUUAGUUCCUGUUCCCAGUGAUGCUGAUUCACCCAAAUUCAAGACCACCACAGGACAGGCCAAAUGGGUUCCUGAGAAAAGUGCUGUGGAGUGGAACAUCAAGUCCUUCCCUGGUGGAAAGGAGUUCAUGAUGCGAGCUCAUUUUGGACUGCCGAGUGUUGAAAGUGAUGAACUGGAGGGCAGGAGACCCAUCACAGUCAAGUUUGAGAUUCCUUAUUUUACAGUGUCCGGCAUUCAGGUGCGAUACUUGAAGAUUAUUGAGAAAAGUGGAUACCAGGCAUUACCGUGGGUGCGUUACAUAACUCAGAGCGGAGACUAUCAACUGAGGACUAACUAAAAGAAGACCGCGCCAGUGUGUUGUGUCUUUUGUCGGUCCUGUUUCAUCAGUCAGACAGACACUGCCUUCACACAGCAGUCGGACAGCUCUACCCUCUCCUUUGCUUUCAGAUCAGGUUUUACUAAUUUAAAGAAGGAUGUCGGACAGUAAAGUUACUGAGAAACUCCUAUGAAACUAUUGAUUUUAAAUUAUAAUCCAGAGGUUGUGUUACAGAGCUAGAAUCUAUUAAUAUCUGUACCCUUAUGUUGUUCCAAACCUGUAUGUGUUUUCUCCAUUUAAACGCACACACAAAAUCUAUAAUAUAAAAGUCAAUGGGAUGGCACGGUGGCUCAGUGUUAAGCACUGUCGACUCACAGCAAGACAGUCACUGGUUCGAGUCCCAGCUAGGCCAGUUGGCAUUUCUAUGUGGAAUUUGCAUGUUCUCCCCGUGUUCAUGUGGGUUUCCUCCAGGUGCUCCAGUUUCCCCCACAAUCCGAAGGCAUUCGGUAUAGAUGAAUUGAACUAAAGUACAUAUUGCAUGAGUGUGUGUGAAUGUGAGAGUGUAUGGUGUUUC